GAAACAACCAAUCAAAUUCCCACUAAACCCACAUGCCGAUCACUUCAUUUUCACUGUUCCGCAGCCGCUUACCCGCCGUAACAACAGCCAUCCGCCGCCACUUACCACCCGACCGCCAACUCGUUAUCAUAUCCGCCAAACAGACCCCUUCAAAUCCCAGACACAACGUAUCCAAAAAACCCCAACCCAACAAGAAUCUCCUCAAAGCCAAACACAUUUUCAAAGACUACUCCUCCUUAGCCCCCGUCCUUGCCCCUAAUGAAACCCCGCCCCUCUCUGAUUCACAAGCCAUCGGCGCCGUCGCCGCCGCCCAAGCCAACUUCAUGCGGGUUAUCGUCCAAGGGGAACAGAAAGAACCCGGGGAUAGUUCUAAGACUAGGGUGGAGUUGCUGUGCGUGGUGAAGGCGGUUUUGAAGAAGAUAAAGAGAAGGGUUUUGGUCGGAGACAAGGUAGUGGUGGGUUCGAUUGAUUGGGUGGACCGGCGUGGGGUUAUCGAGAAUGUGUUCCAACGGAGCUCCGAGAUCUUGAACCCGCCUGUCGCCAAUGUCGACCACUUGCUCGUGCUUUUCUCGAUUGAACAGCCGACGAUCGAGCCGUUUAUGCUCACGAGAUUCUUGUUCGAAGCUGAGUCCUCUGGGAUUCCCCUCACCCUUGCUUUGAACAAAACGGAACUCGUUGAUGAGGAGACUCUUUUUUCAUGGAAGAGUAGGUUGCGGAGCUGGGGUUACGAACCUGUCUUUUGCAGUGUUGAGACCAAAAAUGGACUUGAUUCUCUUGCAUUUUACUUGAGGGAUCAAACAACUGUAAUUGUUGGUCCAAGUGGGGUUGGGAAAUCAAGCCUUAUCAAUGUUCUCCGAAGUAAUCACCGCACUUCUGAUUCCCUUGAAGGAGAUAAUUUGUUUGAUCCUAUUUUGGGCAGCAAGUGGUUUGAUGAUCAGAGAGUUGGGGAGGUUUCAACAAGAAGUGGCAGAGGAAAACACACUACUCGACAUGUUUCAUUGCUUCCACUGUCUGGAGGGGGCUAUGUCGCCGAUACUCCAGGGUUUAACCAACCUAGCUUGAUGAAAGUGACAAAGCAAUCUCUUGCACAGGCUUUUCCAGAGAUUCGGAAAAUGCUAAAAGACAGUGAACCUGCAAAAUGCUCAUUCAAUGAUUGCUUACAUUUGGGUGAACCUGGGUGCAUUGUGAAAGGGGAUUGGGAAAGAUAUUCAUACUAUUUUCAACUUCUUGAUGAGAUCAGAAUCAGAUAGGAAUUUCAGUUGAUGACGUUUGGGACCAAGAGAGAAGGCGAUGUCAGGUACAAGGUGGGAGAAUUGGGUGUUCAGCAAGCAGAACCUCGAUUGGAACUGAAGAAACAUCGGAGGCAUUCGCGGAAAAAGAUUAACCAGUCGUUGUUAGAUGAGCUUGAUGACGAUGAUGAUAGCUUGGACUUAGAAAAUGACCCCAUUGUAAGGGCAAUAGAGAAUGAAAACCAGUAGGGAAUUUUCAAUCUUGUAGUGUACAGUGUAAAUGACAAGGUUUAAACCAGACAAUGAAGAGCAUCUAAAUCUCUUUCGAAGAGUUUUGUGAAGCCU